GAAAUUUUUAUAAUAUUGAGAUAGAAAAAUUGAAUUAAAGUAAACUGGUGUUGGUGUGAUUGUGAUAUUGUGAUAUAAAAUAUUUCAUGUCAUGUCUCGUUGAUACUUCUGUACAUAAUAGAAGUUGACGCUAUUUACUUGUUUAUGUAUGAGUGUUGGUUAACAAUUUAAAUUUGCAAUGUUCACACUUCAAGUUCACAAUCAGGCUUUGGUUUUGAACGCAGUGAAUCCAAGGAGCUACUUAUCCCUGAGAAGAUUCAAUUUACCAGAAGAAAGACUGGAAAAAAGUAUAUGUGAGGCUGCCAAAAACUGCACCGAAAUCAAUCUGAAAGAGGUUCCAAUCCAGGCACUUAAGUCUCCACUUCUAAAUAAUAAUGCUAAUGAAAUACUUCGUCCAUCAAGAGUUAAAAAGUCUCAAGACAUGACUGGUUUUGUGCAGAACGCCCUUAAACAGACUAUCGAACAAAAUCCUGUGUUUCGGGAUAAGAUAAGAGUUAUAACGGAUAAAAGCAAUAUGAAAAUUACGUCGCAACUAGCAAAGUCUUUGGCCAAUAAAAUUGUUUUCUCAUCAGGCCCCUCAAACAUAUAUUUUCAGAUAAGAAACUUCAAGACUGAUAGAAGUAUUAGCGCUGAAACUCUACGAAACCCUAGUCUUAUUACAAGGGUGCGAUCCAUCCUAGGAAUAGAAGAAAAUUCUACGCCAACAAUGAAAGAUGAUAAACUUAUUAUAGGAUCAGCGGAAUUGGAUAGAAUGAAAACAAUGAUGGCUGAUGAAGGUCUAAGUUUGGAAGAGCAGCAGAAGAUAAAAGUUGCUUUUGCUGAGGGCUACUUAGCCUGCCAUGGCAACAAGAAUCAGAGCAAAACAGUAAAGUGGCUUAAAGUUCUCCAACAUGUCUUAACAAUCAUCCUCUUUUUUGGAAUUUUUGUCUCUCUCAUGGGUAAGAGAAAAUCUAGUGCAAGUGGCUCAGUGUUCCGUAUCCAGUUGGGAAACCAAUCUGAAGUAGAUCCAGAAGAAAUAAAUGUGACUUUUAAUGAUGUUAAAGGAGUUGAUGAGGCCAAGCAAGAACUCAAAGAUGUUGUGGAGUUUCUUAAGAACCCUGAAAAGUUUUCAUCAUUGGGGGGGAAGUUGCCAAAGGGUGUUCUGCUGGUGGGACCUCCAGGCACAGGAAAAACAUUGUUGGCAAGGGCCGUUGCUGGGGAAGCAGGAGUACCAUUUUUCCAUGCUGCAGGACCAGAAUUUGAUGAAAUCCUUGUGGGACAGGGUGCUAGAAGAGUCCGAGACCUGUUCAAAGCGGCGAAGGAGAGGGCUCCCUGCGUGAUAUUUAUUGAUGAAAUCGACUCAGUUGGAGCAAAAAGAACGAAUGCUGUUCUUCACCCGUACGCAAACCAAACCAUCAACCAGCUUCUGUCAGAAAUGGAUGGGUUUCACCAGAAUGAGGGAGUAAUUGUUCUGGGAGCUACAAAUCGUCGUGAAGAUUUGGACAAAGCUUUGCUCAGACCGGGAAGAUUUGAUGUUGAAGUUAAUGUCCCGGCACCUGAUUACUCGGGCCGCAAGGAGAUUCUCACCAUGUACCUGGGUCGCAUUCGCUCCAAGAACGUAGAUGUCGACAUCCUAGCUCGUGGAACAACCGGCUUUACCGGAGCUGACCUUGAGAACAUGAUCAAUCAAGCAGCCUUGCGCGCAGCCAUUGAUGGGGCUGACUUUGUAACAAUGAAAUACCUCGAAGUAGCCAGGGAUAAAGUCAUUAUGGGGCCGGAGAGAAAGUCUCGUAUCAUGGAUGAUGAAACAAACGAGAUAACAGCCUACCACGAGGGAGGUCAUGCUGUGGUUGCUUACUACACGAAGGACUCACAUCCCUUACACAAAGUCACAAUCAUCCCUAGAGGCCCGUCACUUGGACAUACAGCCUAUAUCCCUGAGAAGGAACGCUACCAUGUGACCAAGUCCCAGCUACUAGCUAUGAUGGAUACCAUGAUGGGAGGUCGAGCUGCGGAGGAACUUAUCUUUGGCGCAGACAAGAUUACCUCUGGGGCCUCCAGUGAUCUUAAGCAAGCUACUGCGAUUGCGACUCAUAUGGUUAAAGACUGGGGGAUGUCAGAAAAAGCAGGUUUACGAACCCAUGACACAGAUAAACAGGGCUUGAUUCAGAUCAAUGAAUUGAGUCCCUCCACAUCAGCAGUUCUCGAUAACGAAAUCCAAAGGAUACUGCAGGAAUCUUACGAGCGGGCAAAAUUGAUUCUCAAAAAUCACCAGAAGGAACACAAAUUGCUUGCAGAAGCACUUUUGAAAUAUGAAACCCUUGACGCAGAUGACAUCAAAGCGAUAAUGUCAGGGAAAAAAGAACCUGAGAAGGAUUUAGCCUCCAGGAAGGAACCACAGAAGAAAGAACCGACUAGUACAACAUCAUGAACUAGAAAACCACUAAUUUUUGUUCUCUUUCAGUUAAAUAUGUUGAAGCUUUUUUUCGUUUUAUUUUGCAACUGAUAAGUUGGAACAUUGCAUUUGAAUAGCUUUGCCUUAACAUUUGUUGUUUGUAUAAUGUACUUAUUAUAUUAUGAAUGCAAAGUUGUUGAAAUUUCAGGUUGUGUUUUGAAAUGCAGGUCCUUAUCUUUGAUAUUAUAUGCCUCUGUAAUUUUUUUUUAUAUGUUAAGAAUUUUCACUUCUCUACUCACGCACAUUUACGGCCAUAGCUUGACUUUUCUAGGGUCUUGAUGAUUUAACUGUACAUGCCUUUUCUAUGAUAGCCAUUAUAAAAUUAACAUUUUUUUAUAAAUUUAAGUGAACGUGUCUCAUUACCAAAUGUAAAUCACAAAUUAUUAUGUAGAAAACCAGAGGGAUGUAACACAUUAAAGUGGUACCUGUAUUUCUUUGGCUUUGGGUUCUUGUAUCACUGAAAUUUGAUUUAGUAAAUACAACUAAAACUCAUGGGGAAUCAUUAUAUUGUUGUUGUAAAAGUUACAAUAGUUGUUGUAAAAGUUACAAUAUUUCUUUUUCUUGUUUCUUUGUUCUUUUUCUUACUAUUUUGUUUCAAUACUCAUGUUAAGUUUGAUUAGAAGUUUUCAACUAGGUAUUGAUUUUUUAGAAUUCAAGGUCCCGCUAAACUGAACUUUAUAAAUUUUAACAUACCAUUUGUUGAAGGGGUUUUGUUAAAAAAUUUGUCUGGAGUUCAAAGUUCACAACAAAAAAGCUGGGGUGCUCAUUUUUUUUGUGAAAUAUAAAAUCUAGGUAUUUUUUAAUUAAUUUUUAAAAUUUUAAGCAUGAUGUUAUAUAAAAUACAGUAUCGUAAUUUUGUUGGACACAAACGUUAAGACUUCGUCAAGUGAAAUAAUUACGUGAAUUCAAAUUUUAUUUAAGUAAACACAAUGAGUCAGCAAUGUUGAUGUCAAAAAUAUAGGGAAUUGCAGUUACGUUUUGUUGUUUUUAACACCAUAACCUUUUUCAGUAUUAUAUUAUGUGAACUGUGCAAGGGUUCUGUACUUUACUAAAUUAACACAUUUAUUUAUUUUUAAACUCUUCUUAAAACACUCAUCAUCCAAUCAUCCUUUGUCUUACUAUUACUGUGGCUAUUCCAAGCAAUCGGGUUAUUCACACAUCGUCCAGUUCAAAUCAGCUCAGGUUAGCCUGAUUCUAUUAUGUUUCUUCCGUUUACUAUAUGAAAAAGCAAACAUUUAUCAAUCAAUUUAAACUCAGCGAACUUCAGAUCACACUGUGCCUUCUGUUGCACCGUUGACAUUGACUGGCGACUGGCCAUAUAUAUGAGUCACAACAGCUGUCUUUUUGUGCACCUUUUUUUCUUGCUACACACAAAACGAAACUUAGUAGUAUUUCAACUCAAAUUUGACAGUUAAAUUGUUUAGUUAUCUUGAAUAGUUAUCUAAAAAAACUCCAAGCAAUGACCGUUUUAAAUCCCACCAUUCUUUUUCAGAUAAAUCCGGUAUAAUUCAUAUAAAUAUUUUUUUAUCAAAAUUUUACUCCCUUUUAAAUAUAAUUACUGUUCUGCUUUUUCAUAAAAUGUUAUCACUCAUUGUUUUGGCAUUUUUAACCAAACCAAAUUACCAACGACUCUAGUCUGUGAUAUUCCUUUGUAACACUAAAACUAGAUUGUAAAAUUUUUCAAUUCACAAUUAUAAUUUUAGAAAAUCUCACAGUUUUACGCUUUGGUAUGUACAUGUAUAGCUAACUAAAUACUAGGUAAAUUUACAUAAAAGAUAGGUCAGUAUUCAAUUAGGGGGUAUGGUUCUUGAAUUUAGAAACGGUUAAGUUUUUUUGAACAUUUUAUUCAUAGGUUUAUAAGUGAAUUUAUGAUCUUAAUAUAAAAAAUGUUAAAGUACAACUUAAUUAUUUAAACAUAAUAAAAUGCAACGUAAUGACUGAUUUAAAUGCCACAUUGAUGGACAUGUAAAUGCUUUAACAAAUAACACAACAUAAUAUAAUAUAUAUCAUUUUACAUAAUAGCUACACGAGUGUUUGUUAGUACCAUAAGAAUCUUUUAGUUUUUAAGUUGUUUUGUUGUCUACCUUGGUUACCUGUUAGUGUUUGAAGAUAUUUGUUUGUUGUUCACUCAGAUGCAUAGUUGUUGGCUUUAAUAUUUUCAUAAUUGUAACUUUUUAUGAGGGCUACAAAAGCCAGCACUAUGAACAUUCCAGUUUUCAACGUUUACAUAAUACUAAUAAAUACUCAUUCUCCAUUAAGAACAUCUAAAAAAACAUGUAUUUUUUCAAAACAACAGGGUUUGUUUGAAAGAAAAUGAGAAAUUUCAGUGUACCUAUUAUUUUUCCCAAAAAUGUACAUGCUGUAAAAGUUAUGAAAAUAAACAAUUGUUGUAUAUAA